CCAUCCCAGGCAGACCAUAGCACAGGCACGUAAGCACGUAGCUAGCAACGAGAGAAUUGGUUAGCCAGUAGCAGCACACGCUUCCCUGUAUACAAAAACGGUGGCUAGUUGGCAAAUCAUCGGUACUUUGUUUCUCUUUUGUUGUCCGUUUUCAGGCAGCUCCCAGAGCCAGACAGAAAAUGGGCUGAUGAUAGACUGAGAGAGAGCGCGUGUGUGUUUUCAGCCUCUUCAAAAAGUCCCAGGACCGCGCUGCUUUGCAGGUUCCAAGACUAUCUUUAUUAAAGUGUUCAUGAGACAAAGGAUGCAACUUUGACUGCAAAAUUGGUGGCCAGACUUUCUUGGUUUUUUAUUAGUAAGAAAGACUGGUUUGAAAUAGUUUGGUUCUCUCUCAUGGAGACCUUGUGGAAACUUUUGUAUCUGCUGGAACCUGCACCUGUUACCCUUAUAGUGACAGCAGUAGCUGUAACAUUUGGGUCUGCUUUUCGAGCUUUAAAUUAUGGCAAAGAAAUGGAGAGAAACCGUGACUGGUCAGAAGCAUCCAUUACAUUGGAUAGGUCACAAGCACUGAUGAUCCCGAUAAUGAGUUCUUGCAGUUUGCUGUUGAUGUUUUACCUGUUUUCGUCUGUCUCACAGCUCCUUACUGCAUUUACAGCCAUUGCCUCUGUUUCAUCCCUCUUCUUCUCCCUCUUUCCUUUUGCUGCCUAUAUAAAGUCACGUUGUGGUUUGGCAGACCCGCAUGUGUCUCGUUGCUGUUCAAAGUCAUUUACACGAAUGCAAGGGUUGUUGUUGGUGUCAUGCUUUCUAACCGUUUCUGCUUGGCUUGUUUCUGGGCAUUGGAUACUGAACAAUCUGUUGGGUAUUUCAAUUUGCAUUGCAUUUGUGAGUCAUGUAAGGCUUCCGAACAUCAAAAUAUGUGCAAUUCUCCUUGCAUGCUUGUUCGUAUAUGACAUUUUCUGGGUAUUCUUCUCGGAGAAAUUUUUUGGUGUCAAUGUCAUGGUAUCAGUGGCAACGCAACAAGCAUCAAAUCCUGUUCAUACAGUGGUCAAUAGUUUGAGUCUUCCAGGUUUGCAAUUGAUUACAAAGAAGCUUGAGUUGCCAGUGAAAAUAGUCUUUCCCAGAAAUUUGUUGGGUAGUACAGCUUCAGGAGGAAAUGCUACAGAUUUCAUGAUGCUUGGUCUUGGCGACAUGGCUAUACCUGCCAUGCUUCUAGCAUUAGUCCUUUGUUUUGACUACCGAAAGAGCAGGGAUCCCAUGAAUCUCUUAGAUUUACAUUCUUCCAAGGGACAUAGAUACAUAUGGUAUGCACUUCCUGGAUAUGCCACAGGAUUAGUAACUGCUUUAGCUGCUGGUGUUCUGACUCACUCACCGCAACCUGCUCUUCUCUAUCUGGUGCCUUCUACACUCGGACCUGUUAUCGUUGUCUCUUGGAUUAGGAAGGAACUGCCUGAGUUGUGGGAAGGAAGCAUGUCUAAUGGCAAUGACAAAGCACGUCAAAUAGAAGUUUGAGCCGAGCUUUGUGGCCUUGACACCACAGAGUUUGCAGGGCCAGUUGGAAGUUGUAAAUUAUCCUGGGAGUUGAAUCCGUUGGAAACUUAAACAAGAUAAUCAGCAAUUGGAUGUUUAUUUAGUUGUAUUUGACUUUUCGGCCAGCCGAUUCAGUUGUUAGAUAUGAAAGGAAGGAAAUUUAUCCUUUU